ACGCUGGGGCUGGAACUGGGGCCACUCACUGCAGUAAUAAACAUCAGACCGCUGUCGCAACAAGUUGUGCCGUUGUCAACAUUCGCCUAGCGCUUGAAUUGUUCGUUCAUCCCCCCCCAAAAAACUCAAGUUUGUCGGAAUAUUCUUUUGCGAAGAUUUUUUUUUUUCCCAUUAGUUGAGUUGUUUGGAAUUUUGGCACUGUUGUUAUUUCUAUAGUGUAAAUUGCCUGAAAAGUGUAUUGAUAGCUUUCGAAGAAGAAUGAAAAAAAAAGAAUAAAUGAGAUUAAUUGAACGAUUUAUUAAUGAGUGAUAAGCUUAGCGCGAAUAUCAACAUGGAAAGUGUGUGUGAGUGUGUGUGUGUGUCGAUGGCAGACCAUCAACUGAUCCAUCAAUUUGAUGUUUAACGUUUAUUGUGAUUAACGAAUUCAUGUUUGUUGAUGUUCCCGCCAAUGAGCGGUUAAUGAAUUAAAUGUGUUGCAUGCAACAAAUCAAUUUACUGUGAAAUGCUAAGUGAAAUAUUGCUCACCCACCACCAUACACAAAGCAACUAAAAGUAGCACUGAAAGCAAAAAAAAAAAAAAAAAAAAUAAGAAAAAUAUUUAAAAAAUGUGGUUAUUUUGUAAUCGGAUUUGAAACCUGUUAUUUGUUGCUUAUCACAUGGCUUUUUAAGAAACACAAACGUUGGCCAGCUGUACCUGUUGUCGUUGUUGUUUAAUAUUCACCGUUUUUCCGCAGUGUUCAAUACAUUCAUUUAUUUAGAAAAAAAAAUUAUCAUAAAAUUUAAAACUAACUGAAUGGUAAUGCGAUAAUAAGCAAAGUGUUGAUAAAUUGUUAAUGUUCAAAUGAAAUCAAUAUGUUGGAGAACCUAAAAAUGGAAUCAGUUUUUUUCCCAGAAAAACAAGUUAUAAUUAAAAUGUAAAAAUUUCCUCCAGCGAAAUUCCCUUGCGAUAGAAAUUCAAAGAAAAUAAAAGCAAAAAAACAAAAACCACAAUCAUGCUUGAAACGCUUGUAGGAGGCGCAUUGAAUGCCACAGCAACAGUGUCCACAUUAUUGGGCAAUGCGAUUCAAAUGAACAGUGACAUGAUGAACUAUGGCACUGAGGACAACAACACCUACGCAUCGAAUAGUGUUUCCGGUGCGAGCACCACCACCACCACCACCCUCAACCCUACCACCAGCAGCAGCACAACAACAACAACUGUAACAACGAAUUCAUAUGGCGUCGAAGCGACUGCCACAGACCUACUCAACGAUGUGAUAAUGAAUACUUCGGCCAUUGUGGUCGAUUAUGCAGCACAGUGGCUAACAUCGACAGCGUCAACAGUUGCCGCCAAUAUGACGACUUCUACCAGCGUUCUCAACGAAACCUCCACCUCCGCAUACGCCUCUUGGGCGGAUUCCACAAUGUCGCCAUCCUACUACAGCCCCACCGACACGACGUCAGUGUAUAAUGGGUCAUCAUUUCAUGAUGGCAGCUUGAGACCCAUAGGUUAUGAUGAUGACGACGACAAUUAUCAUCCAUGUCAUGAAGGGAAUCCAAACUUCAACUGUAGCAUUGAGAAUUUUGUGGAAUUCAAUUUGGGACCAAAAACCAUGCCACUGCACAAAGCUCUGUUGGUUACAAUUGUCUACGGUGUCAUUUUUAUCUCUGGGAUUUUGGGCAAUGUUCUGAUCUGUGUGGUAAUUGUCAGACAUCAGUCUAUGCAUACGGCCACCAAUUAUUAUCUCUUCAGUUUGGCUGUUUCUGAUCUCAUUUUCCUCAUAUUUGGUUUACCUACGGAAGUGUUUCUGUAUUGGCACCAAUAUCCCUAUUUGUUUGGAUUGCCAUUCUGCAAAGUGCGGGCUUAUAUAUCCGAAGCCUGCACUUAUGUUUCCGUCUUCACCAUUGUGGCGUUUUCCGUCGAACGAUAUCUGGCCAUUUGCCAUCCCCUGCAUUUGUAUGCGAUGAGUGGCUUUAAGAGGGCACUGCGAAUCAUAGCCCUUCUGUGGUUGGUUAGUUUUGUGGUGGCCCUACCAUUUGGCAUGCUAUCGGAGAUUUUCUAUCUGCACUAUCCCGUGGAUGGCGCUAAAAUCGAGGAUUCUGCAGUGUGUAUUAUGUUUCCACCCACAGAUUUAUAUGUUUUCGAAAUAUCCUUUGUGGUCUUCUUUUUCGUACCGAUGAUCAUGAUUAUAUAUUUCUAUGGACGCAUGGGAGCAAAAAUUCGUUCCAGGACCACACAACAAUUAGGUGUCCAACAAGGUUCCAUGCACAGAGAAUCAAGACAUCAACAGUCUCGCAAGGCUGUGAUACGAAUGUUGGCGGCUGUAGUGCUAACAUUUUUCAUAUGCUGGCUUCCCUUUCACAUACAACGAUUGUUCUUUGUCCAUGGCAAAAGUUCCAAAUACUACUACGAAAUCAAUGAAUGGCUGUUUUCGAUAACAGGUUGCGCGUAUUAUGUAUCCUGCACCGUAAAUCCUAUUUUGUAUAAUGUGAUGUCACAUCGCUAUCGGGUGGCGUUUAAGGACAUACUUUGUGGAAAGCGCAAGGGUGCCUACUACAGCAAUGGCUUUGCCCGCGAUCAGUCAAGUUUUCGAGAGACCACCGUAGCCACAAGUUUAUCGAAUAAUGGCAACUUUGAUCGAACUCAUUCGACAUAUGGUCGUUCAUUUAGAAUUUCGAAUAAUAUUAAAGAUCGCGUCUCCAUCAAAUCCAACAAUGUGACGUGGAAAAAUAAGGAUUUUAAUACACCCUUGGAGAAGGAAAUACCCGAAAAACAUGCAUCCUCUGUUGCUGGCACCAAUGCCGUUGUGGUCUGUGUCGAUAAUGGCCUAAAUGGACGCACAAAAGUUUUCACCGAAAAUGAGGCCCAAGAAUCAUUGCUGAGUAAAAAUAACGAAACUUGCAUUUAAGCUAAGUGCGUAAAAUGGAACACAAAUCUCAUGAAGUGCGAAAAAAACAAAAAAACAUUUUAAAGGCAAAGUAUACAAACUUAAAGAAAUUUCCAUGAAAUUCUAUUGGUGCUUUAGUUUUUUUUCCUUAUUCUCUAUUUUAUAUUUUGUAAAAAAACCAGAAAAACAUAUUGAAGAGAUUAAAAUAAAAUUUAAAUAAAACGUUAAAAAUGACAAGCUAAA